GAGGAGGAGGAGGAGGAGGAGGAAGAGGAGGGCGGGCUGGCGGGGCCGCGCACGGGGACGGCCCGGGCGCCAUGUUGGAAGCUUGCUGAGCCCGGGUUGUGUGUGUGUGUGAGUGCGCGGGUGUGUAAGGGCGGGUGAGUGUGUGUGUGUGUGCGGGUGUGCGAGCGUGCGUAAGGCCGUGUGAGAGACCCGGCUCCUGCGCGGGGUGCGGCGGGGCCGCCGGAGGGCAGCGGCGCCGAGCGCGGCCGGGGAGAAGCCCAGCGCGGAUCAUGGAUGUCGAGAGGCUGCAGGAGGCUCUGAAAGACUUUGAGAAGAGAGGGAAGAAGGAAGUGUGUCCAAUACUGGAUCAGUUUCUUUGUCAUGUUGCUAAGACUGGAGAGACCAUGGUUCAGUGGUCUCAAUUUAAAGGUUAUUUUAUCUUCAAACUGGAGAAAGUAAUGGAUGAUUUCAGAACCUCAGCUCCUGAGCCAAGAGGGCCCCCCAACCCAAACGUGGAGUAUAUUCCCUUCGAAGAGAUGAAAGAACGAAUCCUGAAAAUUGUCACUGGAUUUAAUGGCAUCCCCUUCACUAUUCAGCGACUCUGUGAGUUGCUGACAGAUCCUAGGAGGAAUUACACAGGAACAGACAAAUUUCUAAGAGGUGUGGAAAAGAAUGUCAUGGUUGUCAGCUGUGUAUAUCCAUCUUCAGAGAAAAACAAUUCCAAUAGUUUAAACCGGAUGAAUGGUGUAAUGUUCCCAGGAAAUUCACCAGGCUACUCUGACAGAUCUAAUGUAAAUGGCCCUGGAACUCCCAGGCCAGUAAAUCGACCGAAGGUUUCUUUGUCAUCUCCUAUGACAACAAACGGUUUGCCAGACAGCACGGAACAUAAAGAAUCGAGCUUGCAGCAAACGGAAGAUAAGAAACACAGUGAAUCACCAGCAUCUGAAUCAGAAGGUGCUCAGAGCAGCCCUGUAAAAAAUAAGCACUCUGAAGAUGAUCCUGCAGAAGCAGAAGAGCAUGAGGUAAAAAGACUUAAAUUUGACAAGGAAGGGGAAGCCAGAGAUGCACCUAAUCAAACUGCUUCCAGUGAAGUUUCUUUAGGCAUGGGGGAAGAGACAGAAACAUCCUCUACAUCUCAGGAUAAAGAAAAAGAUGCUACUUGUGCCAGACAGCACUGUACAGAGGAAGAGGAGGAAGAGUCCUUCAUGUCUCCCAGAAACACUGGUCCAGACAGAAAAGAUCGAGAAAAAGACACUGAAUCCUCAACUGUGAAUGAAGAGACCUCUGAGGAGAGCAAUCAAAUGGAGGAGUCUGAUCAGUCUCAGUCAGAGAAGGAUUCACAUUCAGACAACAGUGAAAUUAGUGGAUCUGGCAGUAGUGGAGCUGACUGCAGCGAAACUGAAGAGUUAGGGUCGUAUGCUAGUGAAACUCCAGAAAAUUCAUCAGAGACCCCUAUGGAAAACAGUGAGGAAGCCACAGAAGUUGCAGAUGAACCUAUGGAGCAAGACUAAUUUAAAUACACUUAGAUGCAGUAUUUUCCAUAAGGCUCCGGUUUUACACUGUAUAAAUAAUUUUAUGUAAUAAAGUGGACCUUUAGUUUUACAAAAAGAAGCAGGUUGUAAAAUAAACUUCUCCAUGGAUCGAACCUUGAAAGAGUUGUACAUGAUAAGAACUGUGAAUACCAGCUCCUUCAGGUCCUGCUUACCGCUGAACUUUCGUUUGGUCAAAUCAGUGGUUUGUGUAUAGUUUUUUUUAUUUAGAAUAAAAGUUUUUAAACUGGAAGGUAAUUAUAAUUUUGACAACUUUUUUGGAAAUUACCACACCUAGUUGUACGUAAGCAAGAAAGCUUUUUGUCUUGUCUUUUUCUGACAGCUAUAGCAGUUACUUCAUAUUUUGGUUACAGUUUCAACAUUUAACAUGUGAAUUAUGGGGUUUCAUGCUGGUUUCCAGAUUUUUAUUUGAAUACACACUAUGAAACCUUAUGUUGUGUGUUUAAAAUGUGUUACAUUUCUCACACACAUAUGCACGCAUGCACACGUAUGUGUACCCUCACUGUUCUAAGGGGGAAAUGUUAUAUUUUUCUGUUUCUAUAAAAGUUAAAUACAGCAAAUACUUUUUCUAUAGGAAAAGACUAAGUUCACCUCUCAAGGCACUUUGUUUUGCCUCUGGGGAAGAAAAAAGGCAAAUGAAAUCUGGCCCAUAUGAAACCCUGGAAAUAUGAACGUUGUUGAAAACACCAGAGUAAACACAUUCCAAGAGAACUGUUCAGAUUACAACACUUUUGUAUACUUCUGAGGUGCCUGAGUGAAAGGAUUUCAUUUAUUUAUGAGAAAAUGUGCUUUAUGUUGAGAACGUUGUAAUCAAAACAUUAGCUUAAACUUUUUGUAGAAGAAAUGUUUGAAAGUAUGGUAAGAAAGUAUCUCGGAAGAAAUUAACAGGUACUUGCCUUCUUGAGUGCUUCUCAAAGCAUUGUGAAUAUUAUAGAGAAGUCUCAGAAUUAUUCUAAGGUAUGCAGAUGGCAUUGGUAUGAUCACAUCACUGUAUUGGAAGAAUUAAUAUAUGACAGUAGUUAUGUACCUGAGCUAAAAAACUAAAAGGUGUAGAGGUGCAUAGAAAUCGCCAUGAUUUGUAUAACAUUUUGGAAGUGAACUAAAUAUUUUUGAACAUGCUACUUUGACAGCCAGUGUUACAUUUUUUUCAAACCAGCUCAAAGCACAACUACUGCUUUACUCUCGAUAUUUUCCAGUUCCCAUAUUUAAAGACAUGCAAGCUGCAACCUCCCAGUCACAAUUACUGGCUGCCAAAUUUAUACCUGUUUCUUCAACUGUACCUUUUUGAUAUUUAGGAUUUUUAAAUUUCUGUAAAGUAGAUUUUUGUAGAUUGUAAUGAGUGCUCACUGCCAUUGUGAAACGGUAUAUAAUUGUAUAAUUUCUGUGUGUAAACUGAAUGCUUGGGCUUUCAAUACAGUAUUCAUAUAAAGCAAUAAAUAUUAAUGUUA